GCAGUUCGCACCCACCCCCCCUCCCUUGUAUCUCACUCCGCAGGCUCCAGUCACCGGCCACCAUAUUAUUACCGACUUUUGUUGUAGUGGUCAUGUUAGCAAAACUGUAGCGGGGACUCUGCGACUUUGAUGGGUUGCUUCUUGAGCAAGACCAGUACUGACGCUAGAGAUGAUAGAUCUUACUUACAUGCACCGCUACCUCACCAGUCGAUAGAUCCGAUUGAAUCUAGCUCAUCUUCUGAUAAGGAGAAUCGAAGUCAUGCACCUGCACAUCUAUCUCACCACUCACCGUUUCUAGAUCCGAUUGAAUCUAGCUUAUCUUCUUAUGAGGAGAAUCAAAUUCAUGCACCUGCACAGUCCUUGGUUAUAGAUCCAAUUGAAUCUAGCUCAUCUUCUGAUGAGGAGGAGAAUCAAAGUCAUGCACCAGCCUAUGAGAAUGCUGAAAUACAUAAGAUGAAGGAAUAUGGUUUUAAAGAACUGGCAGAGGCAACUGAUUAUUUCUCCAACAACUGCCUACUGGGUGAGGGUGGUUUUGGUCAAGUCUUUAAGGCAAUCUUAGAUGGUGAAGUGGUUGCUAUCAAGAAACUUAAAAAAAUAAAGUUGGAAGAUAAAUUGGAGGAGGGUGAGUACCUUAGCUGUGUGAAACACCCAAAUAUUGUUAAGAUGAUUGGGCACUGCACUCAGGGGGCCGACAGAUUACUUGUUUUAGAGUUUGUUCCCAAUAAUACCUUGACAGAUCAUUUACAUGGUGAGUCCUUUUGCCUGCACUGAGGUAUUCAUAUACAU